GAAUUCGUUAAACGUGGAUAUUAAUAAUCGAAACCGUCAAUGCGAUAGUGAAUAUUUCUACAUAUAGAAAAACAGCAUUAAAAAUAUAGAAAAAAAUAAUUUUGAAAUGGUUUAGCGUCAAAUAUAGGACUUUGCAAGCGCUGUUCCCGUGCCUGAUAACCGCUAGAAACUAGCAAGGACUCGAAAUAAAAAGAUUAGGACUUCCGGUGAAACUCUCAACGGGUGAGCACGUUGCAUCGUGUUAGUCCGGGGAAAAUUCGAGUAUUUCGCAAGAAAGAAAGGAUUUUCAGCCGUACUUUGACGAUUCGACGCAGCCACACAGCGAGAUUUUCGCUUGUAGUCAAGUGAAAAGAAAGUCCACUGGACUAUAAACGAAAAUUAACUGGCAAUAUAGCCUUAGUUGCUGUGUCAUCAAUUCGGCAUCAUCUCAAGUGAGGUGACGCCAACCAGAAAGGAAGAAGAAGAAAAAGAUUAGAGAAGUAUGGCAUCGGACUCGUUGCAAUAUGAUGCUGCUCUCGGUGGCUCGGUACAACUACCGGAUGAGGUUGACUCGGAACGGUUCAAUGAGGAGAGAAUAAUUGAAAUAAAAACAAUGCUUCGUAACAUUGCUAGCACAGAUAAACAAACCAAACUGAUGCAUCAAUCUUUGCCCCUUCAUAUGCGUCGACGUGCUAUGACCUACAAUCCCAAACGGUUACCACGAAAAUUUAGAGUCAUUCAUUUGUCCCAGUUCAGUAAAAGUGGACAACCGGAACGGAAGAAGCGACCGUCGAGAAAGUACCGUCGAAAGGCAAAUGUCUUGCUUGAGGAGUAUGAGCGAAGGAAGCGAACCAACGUUUGGUUAGAAACGCAUAUUUGGCAUGCCAAACGAUUUCACAUGUUGAACAAAUGGGGAUACAAAAUUCCUUUCACGCCUACCAGCAAAGCAUAUCGGGCUUGUUACCGCGCUACCUCCAAACAUUGUCUUCUGCAGGAUGUUUCGUACUUUGGGUGCAUUGAAAUUCAAGGUGAAGAGUUAUUACUAAGUAAAAGACUGAAACAAUUUUGUAGUGAAAAGGUUGGCCUAACUAUUGUCGCAAAAGCUUUUCUUGAAGGAAAAAGAUCAGGAUAUGUUUGGAUCUUUGAAAGAGACAAGUUUCCUUAUAAAUGUAUUGGAAAAAUUAGAUUCUUAUGGAGAGCAGGAGAAACUGACAACAGAAGAACCUUGUGGCUAUUCGCUCAUCCAGUAUUCUAUCGAAAACUUGUAGUAGAACUAGUGAAUGCUUUCAAUUUAAAGGAUACCUAUGAAAACGAUAUGGAGAUGGAUGUGGGCCACAAAGCUUCAAAAACUAUGAAUAAUCCCGGUACAAUAAGAAUCCCUAAGUAUGUAAAUGAUUCUUUAGGAGUCACCAUUUUAGAGUUGAAAGAUACAAUAAACUAUUUUCGACUCACCGGUCCGCUUUCACAUUCAAUUUUAAGCAAAGCUUUGAAAGUGUGUGAACCUUCCGAAAACGUCAAUCAAAACAAUUGGUACUCGGAAUGGUUCCAACAAACAGACAACAAAAAUAUUGUUGAUGAACAGUUUAAAUUAUGGCAUGCAACAUGCAAGCUGACCUCUAGUGGUGAAUUGAGUCCAGGGAUUGUUUUUGGACUUGUAAUAAAAGAUCCUCGUCUCAACCGGCCAUGUAAGAGAACAAAAGCAAUUCCUUCGGUGAUUAUGAAGCCAGAGCCGUUGCCAGAAUGCAAUUUUCUUACCGCUUGCUCGCCUUUGUGGAAUACGUCCAUAAGGGACAGAAUAGCAAAAGAGAUGCAAUCGACUCAUGCUUUGAAUUCUAAAAAGAACAAAGAAUGCUUAGUUCCAGGUGAAUAUUGUUCCUCGGAUGGUAGUGUCCAACCAAUUCCAAUCAUACUUAUGCAAAACACCGGUUCUCAGAAUGGGCAAUUCAAAAGACUUGGUUACGGUGCAGGCUGGGAUUUGAUUGCCCCCGCAGGCUAUGGGCUGCCACUCUGGCAAACGUUGAUAAUGUGGGGCGCAAAGCCAGCUGGGGUUAAAGAACUCGAUAUGCAAGCUUUAGAAACAGGCGUUGACCUUAACAGAAUUCCUGAUACUGUCUUGGGAAAGAGCGAAGCUGAUAUAGAGUACGAGAAAAAGUGGAGUAAAUAUUUUGCUCGACCGAGCAACCGACGAGUGAAUUACAAAAAAAUUGCUAUUGCAUCGCCUUUCCGCUGUCCAUGGUCUCAGUUGGUGUCUGAAUGGAGUGUGUUGAAAAAUAGUUCGUUUUUUGUACUGCGUGACCAGGAAGUUCUGAGCAAGGUUCAGAUGGCCAUCAAUAGAAGGUUCAACAUACAAUCUGCUGGUUUACCAUCUCAAUGUCUGAUUCCAAUUUCUCUAACUAUGAAAUCACGUGGCAAUCCAGGCGAUAAUGCUUUAAUUUGUCUGCCUCAUCGUCACGAUUUCCGACAAAACAAGCAACAAAAACAAGUGAGCGAUAAUAGCCCAGUUUAUAUUGAAGAACUUCGCAAAGAUCCAAACCAAAAAGAAAGACUUCUACUCCGUCGACAUCACCUUAAAUUGUUAAAACGACUUCGUUGUCGUAGAAUACGAGAAAAAAAGAUUCGUCAACGAAAAAACCCCGGCAAGUUGAUUCGAAUUUCUAAACCAAACAACCAAGAAUUAGUUAAACAGCAAUUAAGUAAAAUGCGUGAACUAUGGUUGCCUGAAGUACCCGAAACAAUAAGAAAUCAAUGCAGCAGGGAAUGCUUCGGAUACGUGACCCAAUGCAGUUUCAGCUUGACCGAAGCUAAUGUCGCGGCAUUAGGUUAUGUGACUGCUGACGGACUUAAAAAGUUGUUUAAAAUCUGUAGUAAGGGUACAUUGAAAGUGCUCGUACGAGGAACCAAAUCCAGAUGUUACCGGUUUGCCUCCUUUAAAAUCCAAAAUGAGUAAAGUUUUGAUGUACUAAUAAAAGAAUGAACUGGCUUAAUUCAA